AUGGGCUUAUUUCUGCCAUCGAAUACAGGAGGCAGCUCUAGUCCAAGGAGUAUUGCUGUAGAUAUUCCACAACAGCUAGGCCAUCUGCCCUGGUUCUCGGGAAACCGGUUCUCAACUGGCACUAGAGGAGGAUCAUACAUAUUCUCAUGGACAGGAUCUGUCAGUUUUCAAUCCUGGCGCUACGGCUAA